AUGAAGAAGGUACUUCUGGCAGCCGCGAACAACAGCUCAGUUGACUCGGCAACGAAGCAGCAGUGGCGGGGGCCCCCGUCGUCGGGGUAUCCGGAAGCUUCUGCCUCCGAGGGCGCCAACUUGAGUGGCCAGCAAGCGAUGGAGCCGGGGCGAGGACCUCCGCCGUCUAACCCACCGGAAGCUUCUGCCUCCGAGGGCGCCAACUUGAGUGGCCAGCAAGCGAUGGAGCCGGGGCGAGGACCUCCGCCGUCAGCCCUUGCUGGGUAUCCGGAAGCUCCUGGCGUUGAGGGCGCCAACUUGAGUGGCCAGCAAGCGAUGGAGCCGUGGCGAGGACCUCCGCCGUCGGCCCUUGCUGGGUAUCCGGAAGCUCCUGGCGUUGAGGGCGCCAACUUGAGUGGUCAGCAAGCGAUGGAGCCGUGGCGAGGACCUCCGCCGUCGGCCCUUGCUGGGUAUCCGGAAGCUCCUGGCGUUGAGGGCGCCAACUUGAGUGGUCAGCAAGUGAUGGAGCCGUGGCGAGGACCUCCGCCGUCGGCCCUUGCUGGGUAUCCGGAAGCUCCUGGCGUUGAGGACGCCAACUUGAGUGGCCAGCAAGCGAUGGAGCCGUGGCGAGGACCUCCGCCGUCGGCCCUUGCUGGGUAUCCGGAAGCUCCUGGCGUUGAGGGCGCCAACUUGAGUGGCCAGCGAGCGGAGGAGCCGUGGCGGGGACCUCUGCCGCAUUCACGCGAGCCAACGCCGGGCCCAGGGGGAUAUCCAGAAGAAUCCCUCUCUGCUCCUGGUGAUCAGAGAUUCAUAGAUGGAGGAGGGGAGCUGGAUUGCAUCGACUUGUCCACCAUUCAUGGUUUCAGUUUCCUAAAGUUUCUGGAGAUGCAACUUCCUGAACAAGCUCCUGGCGUUGAGGGCGCCAACUUGAGUGGCCAGCAAGCGAUGGAGCCGUGGCGAGGACCUCCGCCGUCGGCCCUUGCUGGUUAUCCGGAAGCUUCUGCCUCCGAUGGCGCCAACUUGAGUGGCCAGCGAGCGAUGGAGCCGGGGCGAGGACCUCCGCCGUCUAACCCACCGGUUAGCUCAUUUGAUUUUUUGUUGCUGAUUUUGUUGCUCCUUAUGUAG